GUUAAAGCACUGGAGCAGCUAAUCCUCACAGACCUGUAGGAGCUGGAGUAGGAGCACCAGGAGCACCAUUCCUUCUGAGUCUCCGGCAUCCCCCAAAGCUUCAACUCUGGAGGCGAUGGGUCGAAAAGAAGAAGAUGACUGUAGCUCCUGGAAGAAACAGACCACCAACAUCCGGAAAACCUUCAUCUUCAUGGAAGUGCUGGGAUCAGGAGCUUUUUCAGAAGUUUUCCUGGUGAAGCAAAGGGUAACUGGGAAGCUCUUUGCCCUGAAGUGCAUCAAGAAGUCACCUGCCUUCCGGGACAGCAGUCUGGAGAAUGAGAUUGCCGUGUUGAAAAAGAUCAAGCAUGAAAACAUCGUGACCCUAGAGGACAUCUAUGAGAGCACCACUCACUACUACCUGGUCAUGCAGCUUGUUUCUGGCGGGGAACUCUUUGACCGGAUCCUGGAGCGGGGUGUCUACACAGAGAAGGAUGCCAGCCUGGUGAUCCAGCAGGUCUUGUCAGCAGUGAAAUACCUCCACGAGAAUGGCAUCGUCCACAGAGACUUAAAGCCUGAAAACCUGCUGUACCUAACCCCUGAAGAGAAUUCUAAGAUCAUGAUCACAGACUUUGGUCUGUCCAAGAUGGAACAAAGUGGAGUCAUGUCCACUGCCUGUGGGACCCCAGGCUACGUGGCUCCGGAAGUAUUGGCCCAGAAACCCUACAGCAAGGCUGUGGAUUGCUGGUCCAUUGGCGUCAUCACUUACAUAUUGUUGUGUGGGUAUCCCCCUUUCUACGAAGAAACAGAGUCUAAGCUUUUCGAGAAGAUCAAGGAGGGCUACUAUGAAUUUGAGUCUCCAUUCUGGGAUGACAUUUCUGAGUCAGCCAAGGAUUUUAUUUGCCACCUGCUGGAGAAGGACCCGAAUGAACGGUACACCUGCGAGAAGGCCUUGAGGCACCCCUGGAUUGAUGGAAACACAGCUCUCCACAGGGACAUCUACCCGUCAGUCAGUCUCCAGAUCCAGAAGAACUUUGCCAAGAGCAAGUGGAGGCAAGCCUUCAACGCGGCCGCCGUGGUCCACCACAUGAGGAAGCUGCACAUGAACCUGCACAGCCCAGGCCUCCGUCCGGAGGUGGAGAACAGGCCACCCAGCACUCCAGCCUCAGAAGCCUCGAGACCCAGCCCCUCUGAGAUCACCAUCACCGAGGCCCCGGCCCUGGACCAGAGCGUGGCCCUUCCCGCCCUGGCGCGGCUCCCCUGCCGGCCCCCCGGGGGCAGGUCCCUCAACUGCCUGGUCAAUGGCUCGCUCCGCAUCAGCAGCAGCCUGGUGCCCAUGCAGCAGGGGGCCCUGGCCGCCGGGCCCUGCAGCUGCUGUUCCAGCUGCCUGAGCAUCGGGAGCAAAGGGAAGUCCUCCUACUGCUCCGAGCCCACGCUCCUCAAAAAAGCCAACAAAAAACAGAACUACAAAUCAGAGGUCAUGGUGCCAGUUAAAGCGGGUGGCGGUUCCCACUGCCGGGCGGGGCAGACUGGAGUCUGUCUCAUUAUGUGAU